UCCCAUCUUGAAGAAGGAAACGUGCAGACGCCACAGUGAGAGGGAAGUGGCGAGGUCUUCACUGUAACUUCCAUUCCGUCGCUGGCAUCAAGAGAGAACACACCUUAUCUCAUUUGCCCAGCGGUUGCUAUUUUGCAGAAGGAACUGUGAGAUGAAGGAAGAAGAGGCGGCCUGGUAGACGCGGAGUUGCUUUAUGCACGAAAAUAAGCACAAAGCCGGGCGUGGGAGCUGGAUAUUUUCCCCAGACGCCAAAGAGCGAGUUGUGAGUGGCGAGCGGAGCAGAAUGCACUUAAAGCUGCGGACGCAAGUGGGGGAGGCUCGCCCUGCUGGAUGCUGAAAUUGGUUACCUUUGUACGGCUGGUUGUACGCCGGGAUGCAGUAGCCAGUUACCAUGACCGUGUUUAAACAAGAAAAUGUGGACGAUUAUUACCACAUCGGCGAAGAGCUGGGCAGUGGACAGUUUGCAAUAGUGAAAAAAUGCACAGAGAAAAGUUCUGGAAUGGGAUAUGCAGCAAAGUUUAUCAAAAAACGGCGUUCAAAGUCAAGCCGCCGUGGGGUGAGCCGUGAAGACAUUGAGCGAGAAGUCAACAUCUUAAAGGAGAUACAGCAUCCAAAUAUCAUAACUCUGCAUGAUGUUUAUGAGAGCAAAACUGAUGUGAUCCUUAUUCUUGAACUUGUGUCAGGGGGAGAACUGUUCGAUUUUCUGGCUGAGAAAGAGUCCUUGACAGAGGAGGAGGCAACAGAAUUUCUGAAGCAGAUUCUUAAUGGCGUCCAAUACCUCCAUUCCAAGUGCAUUGCCCAUUUUGACCUUAAGCCUGAAAACAUUAUGUUGCUAGAUAAAAAAUCACCCAAACCUCGGAUUAAACUCAUUGACUUCGGUUUGGCACAUGAAAUUGAUUUUGGACAUGAAUUUAAAAACAUCUUUGGAACUCCAGAGUUUGUUGCUCCAGAAAUAGUAAACUAUGAACCUCUUGGCCUGGAGGCUGAUAUGUGGAGUAUUGGAGUAAUUACUUACAUUCUUUUAAGUGGUGCAUCACCUUUUUUGGGUGACAGCAAGCAAGAAACAUUGGCUAAUGUUUCGGCUGUGAACUAUGAAUUCGAUGAGGAAUUUUUCAAGAAUACUAGUGGCUUGGCAAAAGACUUUAUCCGGAAACUUCUCGUGAAAGAUCCCAAGAAAAGAAUGACAAUUCAAGAUAGCUUGCAGCACCCAUGGAUCAAGCCAAAAGACAGUCAGCAGGCUCUCAGCAGAAAAGCAUCUGCUGUAAAUAUGGAGAAGUUCAAAAAGUUUGCAGCUCGCAGGAAAUGGAAGCAAUCAGUAAGGCUAAUAUCACUGUGCCAACGGCUAUCAAGAUCAUUCCUUUCUCGGAGCAACAUGAGUGUUGCUAGGAGUGAGGACACUUUGGAUGAAGAGGAUUCUUUUGUGAUGAAAGCAAUUAUCCAUGCCAUCAAUGACGAUAAUGUUCCUGGUCUGCAACAUCUCCUUGGAUCCCUUGCCAAUUAUGACAUAAAUCAGGCGAACAAGCAUGGAACGCCUCCACUGUUGGUAGCAGCUGGUUGUGGAAACAUCCAAAUUCUUAACUUGCUUAUUCAGAAGGGUGCAAAGAUUGAUGUCCAGGACAAGUCUGGGUCCAACGCACUAUACUGGGCUGCAAGACACGGUCACACUGAAACAUUAAGGUUUUUGCAUCAACAAGAAUGUCCUCUGAAUGUUCAAGAUAAGUCUGGUGAAACUGCCCUCCAUGUAGCAGCUCGUUAUGGUAAUGUUGAAGUUGUGCAAUACCUCUGCAAAAUCGGUGUUAAUCCAGAUCUUCAAGACAGGGAACAAGAAACCCCAUUGCACUGUGCAGCAUGGCAUGGUUACUAUGCAGUGGCCAAAGCACUCUGUGAAGCUGACUGUGAUGUUCACAUUAAAAAUAAAGAAGGAGAGACACCUCUCUUGACUGCAUCUGCAAGAGGCUAUGUGGAUAUUGUGGAAUGUCUGAUGGAACAUUGUGCAGACAUGGAUGAAGUUGACACGGAUGGUCACACAGCUCUGCACCUUGCAGUACGAAGAUGCCAGAUAGACGUGGUGAAGUACCUACUAAAUCAAGGAUGCUUUGUAGAUGUGCAAGAUCUGCAUGGUAAUUCGGCUCUGCACAUAGCCUGCAAAGAUGGCAACAUAGCUAUUGUUAUGGCUCUUUGUGAUGCAAACUGCAACCUUGAUAUAACUAAUAAGUAUGGAAGAACACCUUUGCACCUAGCUGCUAAUGCAGGGAGUCUUGAAGUCGUCCGCCACCUCUGCCUUGCUGGUGUUAAUGUGGAAGCUGUUAGCUUGGAUGGAAGAACUGCUGAAGAUCUUGCUAAAGCUGAACAACAUGAACAAGUUGCCAACUUGCUUGCCAGGCUUAAAAAGGAUACACACCGAGGGAUUUUCAUUCAACAGCUUAGGCCUUCUCAGAAUUCCCAAGUCCGAAUAAAGCUCAAGUUGUUUGGACAUUCAGGUUCAGGAAAAACAGCACUUGUGGAGUCUCUUAAAUGUGGACUUCUGCGAAGUUUCUUCAGGAGACGCAGACCGAGGCUAUCAUCGACCAACUCAACUCGUUAUCCUCCUUCCCCAUCAUCUUCAUCAAAACCGACAGUUUCAGUGAGUAUUUCCAAUCUGUACCCUGGCUGUGAAAAUGUCAGUGUAAGGAGCCGGAGCAUGAUGUUUGAACCCAGCCUAACCAAAGGCAUGCUCCAAGCUUUUGUUUCACCUACGCACAAUCUUCACUAUGCAAUUGAUGAUCAGAGCACUAAAGCAAUUGACAUACAACAUGCUAAUGUUAAUGGUGUUGGUGAUUUUAAUGUUUGGGAGUUCUCUGGCAAUCCUGCCUACUACUGCUGUUACGAUUAUUUCGCAACAAAUGAUUCGACUGCUAUCCACUUGGUGCUUUUCAGUCUAGAGGAACCAUAUGAAAUACAGUUGAAUCAGGUGACGUUUUGGCUCAAUUUCCUCAAAGCUCUUAUCCCAGUGGAAGACCCUAUAGCUUUUGGUGGGAAGCUGAAAAACCCUUUGCAGGUUGUUCUUGUUGCCACACAUGCAGAUAUUGUAAACUGUCCCCGUUCAUUUGGAGGGGAAUUUGGUUAUGACAAAGGUCUGUCACUUCUAAAAGAAAUGAAAAGCAGGUUUGGAAAUGAUAUGCAGAUAUCUGAUCGACUAUUUGUUCUUGAUGCUGGUGCAUCUGGAUCUAAAGACAUGAAGCUGCUGAGAAAUCACCUGCUAGAAUUGAGGAAUAGGAUUCUUUCUGAUUGUCUGCCUAUGACAUUCCUUUGUGAGAAAAUCAUCUCUACACUACCUUCUUGGAGGAAGCAAAAUGGGCCAAACCAAUUUAUGUCAUGGCAACAAUUUGUAUAUGAUGUUCAGGACCAAAUUAAUCCAUUAGUGAGUGAAGAGGAUGUGAGGGAGAUGGCCCAGCAGCUGCACAGUUUGGGAGAAAUUAACAUUUUACAAAGUGAAACUAUCCAAGACGUAGUGCUUCUGGAUCCUCGAUGGCUAUGUACCAAUGUACUUGGAAGACUCUUGUCUAAUGAAAAUCAGAAGGCUUUGCACCACUAUAGAGGCCGUUACACAAUAGACGACAUCCUACACUUGGUAUCAGAGAAUGAUGUAGAGGAGCUGUUGCAAAUUCUAGACGCAAUGGACAUUUGUGCACGGGACUUAACCAGUGGAUCAAUGGUGGAUAUUCCAGCAUUGAUUAAAGUGGAAAGUCUGCACAGAUCCUGGACUGAUGAAGAGGAUGAGAUAUUGGUUUAUGGGGGAGUCCGCUUUGUUCCUGUUGAACAUCUUACCCCAUAUCCAUGUGGUAUUUUCCACAAAGUGCAGGUGAACCUCUGUCGCUGGGUACAUCAGCAAAACUCCGAAGGAGAGCUGGAUGUAAGGUUAUGGACCAACGGAUCAAAAAUAUCCAACAAAGGGACUGAAGUCAUGGUCCUUCUGGUCAACCAUGGACAAGGUUUGGAAGUACAAGUAAGGGGUCCGGAAACAGAAAAAAUAAGGUGUUGUUUAUUUCUAGAUUCUAUUUGUAGUAUCAUUGAUAAUCUAAUGCUGACUACUUUACCUGGACUCCUAACUGUCAAGCAUUACUUGAGUCCCCAGCAGCUCAGGGAACACAGUGAACCUGUAAUGGUUUACCAGCCUAGAGAUUUCUUCAGAGCUCAAGCUCAGAAAGAGACUUCACUCACCAAUACCAUGGGUGGCUAUAAGGAGAAUUUUAGCAGCAUUCUGUGCUUUGGUUGCCUGGAUGUUUAUUCCCAAGGGAACCUAGGAAUGGACAUCCCUGUGUCGGAACUAAAUCUACUUACGAGACGUAAACUUAGCCGCCUACUGGACCCCCCCGAUCCCAUGGGGAAAGACUGGUGCCUCUUGGCUAUAAACUUGGGACUUGUUGAUCUUGUUGCAAAACUCAACACUCAGAAUGGAAUUUCAACAAAUGGGAAAUUUCCAACUAGUCCAACCAGUGCUGUAUUGACUGAGUGGGCAGUUUCGCCAGAAAAUACCGUGGGGCUUUUAAUGUCAAAACUAAGAGGAUUGGGUCGUCGGGAUGCUGCAGACUUUCUUUUAAAGGCCUCAGCUGUUUUCAAGGUUAAUUUAGAUACCAAUGGACAUGAGAACUACAUAUCCAAUUGCAAUGGAGGAACAUCUUAUAAUUCAAUCAGUUCAGUUGUUUCGAGAUAAGAAUGUUCUGCAAAACUAGUGAGAGGUGCAAUUUUAACUGAAUUCUCACUUUAUGAAAUGUAUUCUUUGUGUACAGAUAUUGUCCAGAAUAAUUGUCGUAACUUGCUUCCUUUAACAAGGAGGCAGCAGUGAAAUUCACUGAACUUGUUUACUACCACACAAUAAACCACAGUUCUUUGGUACUUGCUGAUUUAAAUGGGUUGUCAACUCAACUCUAAUCUUCCUUUUAAAAAAAAGAUGGUUUUUAAUUUAAAAAAAUAAAUAGAAUGGAAAUAGAUUUAUCAUUUAUGCAGAUGAACAUUACCAAAUUGCCAUGUAUAAGGUGUCUGAUUUGUAAGGAAUAUCUUUAUUGUGCCGUUAACAAAAGUGAGUUUAGCAGAAACCCUCUACAGGAAUGUGAAUUUUAUUGCAAGUUUUUCAUCAUCUCACCCACUCUCUUUAUUUUCAAUGAACAUGGGGAAAAGGUGAAUGUUUGCUAUUGACGAUAUUAAAUUUGUUAUGUAAGUCAGCAACCAAAUGUGAGUGCCUUUUUCAGGGUUUCCUGACAUAAUUAGACCAAUAAUUGUUAAAGCUUUUAAAUAGGAAUUUUCUACCUCCCCAUUACUCUUCACUGAGGAGCAUGCAUUUCAUUUACCGUGAAUGGCUUUUGUGUUUUCUUAUUGUAUACUAUUUUCAUUUUGGGCCAAUUCAUAUUGAUGUGGUUUAUCCAUUGUUUAAAAGGGAACAAGGUCUGUGGUAGUUUCAUGUGCAUUGACAAUAAAAUUAGUGAUGUACAGUGAAAUUUAAUAGUGGAAAAUCUUUCCAAUUUUUUGAUCUAUUUAUACACAGUUAUGGGAAGCAUGCUAUUUUAAUGCUACAUCUUUACAGUUGCAUUCUUAUUAGCUUUUUAGUAUAGUAUUAUGACCUGAAGUAUUUUUAAUAAACAAUUUCCUUAUGAAAAAUGGACUU